AUGGCAGAUCUCCUUUAUGACUUGUUAUCUCCUCCAGAAUCUCGGUCCAACCAGCUACCGCCAGAUCCAAGCUUGCUAGAAUAUCUGACGGAACUGGCUUCUCAACCGCUGUCUUCACUCUCAUCGACAGAGCCUCAAUCGUUGGCACGCACAUCUCAUGGCCUGUCACUCUUACUACAAGGUCUAUCCAAAAAGUCACAUAACCAGAUAAUCGAGUCAGCGAGUCACCAUGCCACACUUCGCAGCUCUCUAAGUUCGUUAGCGGCCAGCACAGCUGAGCUCCGCAAUUCAAUCCCCAAAUUGGACAAUGAAGCGGUGCGCUUCUCGACCACAUACAACAAGAACAGCGACAACGAGGUGCUCGCCCGCCGGAAGAAAGCACUGCUGCUGUCACGGAAUGUCGAAACCCUUGUGGAUGUGUUAGAACUGCCAACCUUAUUGUCAUCUGCCAUCUCGACUGCGCCGGUCAACUAUUCCUCUGCUCUGGACCUGAACGGCCUUAUCCGUCGGCUGCACUCGCUCUACCCAAGUUCACCGCUGGUGGCAUCCAUUGCCAGCCAGGCUGAUGAAGCCAUGCGUACCAUGGCCGCUAACCUCAUUCAGUCGCUCAAAGCUCCCGGACUGAAACUGGCGGCAUCGUUAAGGACGAUCAGUUGGCUUAGGAGAGUCUUGCCCGACCUCGACGCGGCUGCAUCAUCCGUCUUUUCAUCAUCAGUCCUCUCUUCGACAAAACCUAACAUUACUGGCAGUGUUACUACUGCCAAUGCAACCACAUCUGGGAAAGGACAUGAUGCACAAGAACGUGUCCUCGGCGCCAUAUUCCUUGUCUGCCGGCUAAUGACGCUCAUCACGAUGCUCGAGGCCCUCGAGCCACUACGCGAACUCGCCGACCAGGAAAAAUCCCGACAAAAGACCAUCGGGAGCAGCAGCGCAUGGUCAGGCGGACAGCAGACAGAGCGCUACCUCAAACGCUAUAUCGAGAUUUUCCGCGAGCAGAGCUUCGCCAUCAUCUCCAUGUUCCGAAGCAUCUUCCCACCGGGAACAGCACCUGCCACGUCGACCAUAGACGGAACCGUACCGGCUGACAAGAACUGCCAAAACGGCACUUCUGAUCCCCUCGAGCCAAUACCCUCCGCGCUUGCUACAUUCCCCUUAUAUCUGGUGGAGAUGUUGCUUUCGACACUGCGCGAGUACCUACCGACGGUGAAGGAUCAAGCUGCGCGCGACAGCCUGCUGACACAGGUCCUGUACUGUGCGGGCAGUCUUGGCCGGUUAGGAGGUGACUUUGGUCUGUUCUUGGCCACUCUGGACGUUGGCGCUGGGGCAGAGGAUGAAUGGGUUGAGGUGGUCAAGAGACAUCGCGCGCUGGCGGGCAGGCUGGAGAGCAUCGUUGGAGAGGGGAAGAGGGCGGGUUAG